CCUACUAACAUAAAUGAAGAAAAACCAAAAGUCGCACCAACACUCACACUCACUCUUCCAUUCACCCACCUUCCAUAUUCUCCAAAAUCCUUCUCUCAAUUCUCAAAACCCUAUUUUCACUCUUCUUCUUCCUCACCUUUGUUUUUGCGUAGUUACCAAUGGAGUCAUCUGUUGAUUUACCAGCUAAACGCACCGCUCCAACUGGAAUUUCUCCAGAAGGGGGGCACAAAAAACAUAAAUUAUCAAGUGAUAGCUUACCAUAUGCAGCAAAUGGUAAUGCGAUAGAUUACAAAAAUCCUUAUGCAAUCUCAGAUGUUGUAAAUCGUUUAGAAAGUGGAAAAUUUGGAAGUGUGACAAAGGAUAUAGAGGCCCUUAUAACCCGGAAAAUGCAAAUAUUGGGCCCUUACUUUGCAAAAUAUCCUAGACUUGUUAAUCAGUUAUUGAAAGUGGUGAUGAAUCACGACGAAGUAACUGAAAAAUCAGAAAAUAAAAAAGUUACUGUUUUGCCACAUCAUAAUGUCAUAGAUUUGGAUGGGGGGCACAUUGAAAAGGAUGUUCCUGCGACACCAUUUCCUGUUGUAAUAAUUGAUUCAGAUGAGGAAGAUGAUAGGGAUCAAAAGUCUUUUGUUCCGUUUUAUGAAGUUUUAUUGCCAAAACCAGUUCAGUCUCCUGCAUUAAAAAGGAUUGGGUAUCAUGCUUCCAAUGCUUCCCAUGAAAGUGGAGAUCUAAAAUUUGAAACAAGUCUGCCUUGUAAAGAUGACACCAAGAAAGAUAAAGGUGUCUAUGUUGGUGUACAUGAGGAAGAAGAUCACGAGGUUGAUGCUGUAGACGAUGGGCUAGAUGAUAUCUGGAGGGAGAUGUCGAUGGCCAUAGAAACUUCUAAAGACGUUUCUGACGAUCCUCCUCCUGAAGAAGAAGAGGAAGAAGAUGCUGACUGUGAUCAUUCUUUUGUUUUAAAAGACGAUCUUGGUUAUGUUUGUCGCGUUUGUGGGGUUAUUGACAGAGGAAUUGAAACUAUAUUUGAGUUCCAAUACAAGGUUAAAAGGAGCACAAGAACUUAUGUGUCUGAUUCUUCAAAUGGCAAAGAAAAAGUUGAUGUAUUUGGUGUUAAGAUUGCUGACGAUGAUCUCAUAGUAACCGAAAUAUCAGCACAUCCUCGGCAUGCAAAUCAAAUGAAACCACACCAAAUAGAAGGAUUCAAUUUUCUUGUAAGAAAUCUGGCGGGGGACAAUCCUGGGGGAUGUAUCCUGGCUCAUGCUCCAGGAUCUGGAAAGACAUUCAUGAUUAUCAGUUUCAUGCAAAGUUUUUUAGGAAAGUAUCCCAGUGCCCGACCUUUGGUUGUGCUUCCUAAGGGAAUACUAUCAACAUGGAAAAAAGAGUUUCAAACAUGGCAAGUUGAAGAUAUACCACUUUAUGACUUUUACACCGUGAAGGCUGACAACAGAUAUCAGCAAUUGGAAGUUUUGAAACAGUGGGUGGCUAACAAGAGUAUCCUUUUCUUAGGAUACAAACAGUUUUCUUCCAUUGUCUGUGAUAAUUCUAACAACAACGCAUCGAUAUCUUGUCAAGAGAUAUUGCUUAAGGUUCCUUCAAUUCUCAUUUUAGAUGAGGGACACACUCCUCGGAAUGAAAAUACUGAUAUGGUACAGUCCCUUGCAAAAGUACAAACACCAAGAAAAGUUGUACUGUCUGGAACCCUAUAUCAAAAUCAUGUCAAGGAGGUAUUUAACGUUCUCAAUCUUGUCCGACCAAAGUUUUUACAGAUGGAAACGUCCAAGCCUAUUGUCCGACGCAUUAAGAGUAGGAUCUAUAUACAAGGUGUGAAAGCCUUCUCCGAGUUGGUCGAAAAUACAUUGCAGAAGGAUCCAGAUUUUAAAAGGAAAGUAGCUGUUAUACAUGAUUUGCGUGAGAUGACCAGCAAGGUACUUCACUAUUACAAAGGAGAUUUUCUUGAUGAGCUUCCCGGCCUCGUAGAUUUUACUGUGAUUCUCAAACUCACUCCUCGACAAAAGCAUGAAGUUGAGAAAGUUAAGAGGAUAUCUAGAAAGUUCAAGAUGUCUUCUGUAGGUACUGCAGUAUAUCUGCACCCAAAAUUGAAACCUGUUGCAGAAAAAUGUGAUGAAAAGUCUAUAUCAGAUCAUGUAAUGGAUGAUCUAAUAGAGAAUAUAGAUGUAAGAGAUGGGGUGAAAUCAAAAUUCUUUCGCAACAUGCUGAACCUAUGCGAAUCAGCUGGAGAGAAGCUCCUUGUGUUCAGUCAAUAUCUCUUACCUUUAAAAUAUAUGGAAAGGAUAACUAUGAAAUGGAAGGGUUGGAGUCUCGGAAAAGAAAUCUUUGUAAUUUCAGGAGAAACAUCAUCUGAAGACAGAGAGUUGUCCAUGGAAAAGUUUAACAAUUCACCUGAUGCAAGAAUAUUUUUUGGGUCAAUCAAAGCAUGUGGUGAGGGUAUAUCCUUGGUUGGCGCAUCUCGCGUCAUCAUCUUGGAUGUUCAUCUGAACCCCUCAGUUACUCGUCAAGCUAUUGGCCGUGCUUUUCGGCCAGGACAGACAAAGAAAGUGUUUGUGUAUCGAUUGAUAGCUGCUGAUUCUCCGGAAGAGGAAGAUCACAAUACUUGUUUCAAGAAGGAAUUAAUUUCAAAAAUGUGGUUUGAAUGGAAUGAAUAUUGUGGCGAAAGUGCUUUCGAAGUUGAGACACUCGAUGUUAAAGAAUGCGGUGAUCUAUUUCUUGAAAGUCCAUUGUUAGGCGAAGAUGUAAAAGCUCUGUAUAAAAGGUAGAUACAUGGGUGGGUAUAAACUUUUUGCUCUUUUAUCAAGAACAGUUUUAGCAUUGUAUUAAUAUUCAGACAAAUGUAGAGAGUUGACGAAUUGAAUUAGUUGUCUUUGCAAUUCACAUAGAUACAUGUGAUUCAUCUUCCUUUGUGGUGGGAUAGAGAUGUAUAACUCAUGAAAUUUUCUUUACCAUUCACAUAUACAUGUGAUCCAUUCUGGUUGUUUGGUUUA